AUGUUUGGUUUCAUAUUCGAAAAAUUACAAAAGGAAAAAGUUGAAGAUUGCAUUGGAUUUCUAUCAGAUAUAGAGAAUUAAAAAUAAUUAGAAUCAUAUAUCUUACAAAAAGGAGAAAAUAUCACUGAAACUGUCAAAGAAUAGAAAUUGUCUGUUUUAAGAAAAGAUAUGAAAUUAAUUACAGAUGUCUUAAAAAAAAUAUAAGACCAUGACUUCAAUUUUAAAGACUUUUCUUCCGAAAAAAAUGGUGAAUCUACAUUAAGUCUAAUCAAUAGCAUCAAGGAUAAUAUAAGGAUCAUUGAAUUUCUGUAAUUAUUAGUUCACCUCACAUCCAUAGAUGACAAGUUUAUUCAAGGUGGGUCUAAUUCAUUACAUUUAUUAGUUUAGAUUAAGGUGGACCUAAGGAACAAAAAUUUAGAAAAUAUAAAGAUUAAAAAUACUUCUUUAGUAGGAGCUAAUUUUGUUAGGUGUAAUUUUAAUGGAUCUUAAUUUAAUAAUGUCAAUAUAAGUGGAAUUAAUCUGAAUGGAGCAUAGUUAUUUAAUUGUAGAUGGAAGAACAUUAAAGUCCAUGAAUUGAAUAAAUUGGAUGGUCGGAGUAAUACUGUCUAAUCAGUCUGUUUCUCUCCUGAUGGAAAUACAUUAGCUUCUGGUAGUAAAGAUAACUCUAUCCGUCUAUGGGAUGUCAAAACAGGACAUUAAAAAGCCAAAUUAGAUGGUCAUAGUUAAUCUGUUAUAUCAGUCUGUUUCUCUCCUGAUGGAAAUAUAUUAGCUUCUGGUAGUAGAGAUAACUCUAUCCUUAUAUGGAAUAAUCAAACUAAGAAAAAAGUAGCCAAAUUAGAUGGUCAUUCAUCUGGUGUCUUAUCAAUUUGUUUUUGUCCAGAUGGAAACACAUUAGCUUCUGGUAGUAAAGAUAACUCUAUCUGUCUAUGGGAUGUCAAAACAGGAUAAUAAAAAGCCAAAUUAGAUGGUCAUAGUGAUUCUGUUAUAUCAGUCUGUUUCUCUCCUGAUGGAAAUAUAUUAGCUUCUGGUAGUAGAGAUAAUUCAAUCCUUAUAUGGAAUAUUAAAACUAAGAAACAAAUAGCAAAAUUAGAUGGUCAUAGUGAUAAAGUUUAGUCAGUCUGUUUCUCUCCUGGUGGAAAUAUAUUAGCUUCUGGUAGUUAUCAAGAAAUUCGUCUUUGGGAUGUCAAAAUAGGAUAGUAAAAGGCCAAAUUAGAUGGUCAUAGUGAUUAAAUUUGGUCAGUCUGUUUCUCUCCUGAUGGAAAUACAUUAGCUUCUGGUAGUGAUGAUAAGUCUAUCCGUCUAUGGGAUGUCAAAACAGGAUAAUAACAAGCCAAAUUAGAUGGUCAUAGUGCUUGUGUUAGAUCAGUUUGUUUCUCUCCUGAUGGAAAUACAUUAGCUUCUGGUAGU